AUGAUGGAUAUAGCCGACCAGCCUCCGGCACCGAAUGCGCCGCAGCUCGCCAAGAUCCCGAUCGCGCAGCUGUCGCCUACUCUUGAGCAGUCUCAAGAGAAAUGCAUCGAAGCAACUGUGACCCUCGUCUGGCCGUAUUCAUCUUCGACUAAGUCCCUUAGCCUCUUACUCGCCGAACCUGAUUUCCGCCUACGACGUUUACAUGGACAAGUCAAAGUAAUAUUUCAUGGGCGCGUUGCGGAACAGGUUGCCGCGUCCCAUAUCGGUAUUGGUGACAAUAUUUGUCUUGCAUUGAAAGGUUCGAAUUUCGUUGCGAAUGAUACGGCAACUCAAACUGCUGGGAAAUAUGUAGCGUGGGAUGUGCAUUUCGACCAUGGCCUGUCCCUAGAGAUCAACCGACCGUCAGAAGAAGCUUCAAAAAUAUCCAUUGAAUACCAUGAUCCGACACCACACGAACACGAACAAGCUCCGCCCACGACGCCUCGCAUCGUUUCAACGGAUCCCGUGGUACUAGAGCAAAGAUCCUGGGAAUCGCCAGCUUUUCUACGAUCCGGUUCAAAUCCCUUUGGUAGUGUGCCUCGUACCUCUCUCGAGUUAUCUGUAGAGGAAGAUGGCUUUGUUCCUGGCAAGGGAAGAAAGCGGCCAAGAUAUAGCUUGAAACGCGACGACUGGCAUAUUGUGGAUGAACCUAUGAGCCCUCAGGAGGAAUCCGCAGUGGAUUGGUGGGAGAAAGAUUCCUGGGAGAAAACCUUGGGAGGAAACGCGAAUAUUGAACAGGAAAUGGAUGACAAUGCAGAUGCAGAGCCUCGGAAUAAAAGUAUCAUCCCUGACGAAGACCAAAGCAACGGGGAAAAUGCCUCUCGGGAGCAGUCUCCUAUCUUUAUCAAGCCUUCUCUUGAUAUUUCUGGUGGCCUUUUCGGCAGGCGGCCACCGCAAUCCAGCGAGUCUUCUCAUGGACUGACGGAACCUACUUUCCAGCAGCGCCUAAUGUCAGCCUCGCAACUCCCUACAGAUACGCCACAACUCCGACCGGUACCUUCGCCUGGUCUCCCAAUACCAUCACCUAUUGUCUCAAAUCCAAACACUUCACACGGUUACUUUUCAGACUUCCACACCCUCUCCCAAACGCAAAGUGCAAAUUCUGUGUCCUUAGAAGCUGAUGCCAGUGUUACUGCCUCCGAAUCUCUACGCUUCUCUCAUAUCUCACCGGUCUCUCCUCCAAGAGCAGCGCCGAUAUCUGCUGAAGAUAUAGCGAGCACGCACGAAAAUGAUGGAUCUGUUUUCACGCCAGCUGGCCUGGUAACUCAUCAGUCCCCAUCGGCCUUACUUGUAGAAAACAUGCCAAUUGGAUCGGUAUUGGAUCAAACAGAAUUGUUCAAUUCGUCUGAAUACAUCAAUGACUCCGAUAUUAUUGAGUCAAACGUCGACAUUGAACACGUUGACGAGCCGCUUCUAUCGGUUGUGACAGAUCGCGUGGCAACUGAACCAACUGGAUACGAUCAGAUUGACGGCGCAGUGGGAAAUCAAGAGGAUCAUAUUAUGGAAAACGAGGAAAAGCCUGGAUCUGAGGCAAAGUCUGAAGUUGGAGCCAUCGAGGACAGCAAUGAAAAUGUCCAGACUGGCUCAGCAUUUUCAUCACAUGCGCUCGAGGCGACUGCCACCGACACAGCUAUACAAGCAGCAGCGUUGAACGAGGCUGAAAGUGACGAGGGCGACAAAUUUUCGGACGCAUCUCAGAUUGGGCAAGAUCAUCACACGCGCCGUGCUAGUUUUAGCGACCAAGAGAGUCCUCAAGUUGAAGAUGAAGCUUUCUCUUAUGACGAGGAAGACAAAGAGUCAGAAUUUGAAAUGGAAGAUCAAUACGCCGAAGCCCAAUCAGAGGCAAGUAGCGACGAGGAGUCCGAAGCAGCGGAUCUGCCACAGCAUUCUCCUGCCCAGCAUGAAGUGAUUGUGUUAGAUAGCGAUAGUGAGGAUGACCUCACCUCCGAUCAAGCGGCUAAUCCGCAGUCUGUGCACCAAGAACGCAGAACGUAUCGUGAUUCAUCACCGCAAUCUGAAAAUGAAGGGUGGGAUAUGGUCGAGCAAGAGGAGGAAUCCCCGUCAGAAGCCGAAUAUUCCGAGGAUGAAGAGGCAGAGGCUCUGGGUCAGGAUGACAGAAUUCACGACAGUGAUAAAGAAGACGAAUCAUCUGUGGAUGUGUUGGCACGAGACCAUUAUUCGCAGAAGCAUUCAACUCGAGAGUCUUCAAUACAUGAGGUAGAAGACAAAGGCGACGCUUCUGAUAUCAGUUCAGAGGGGGCUUCACCAAGGGAUUAUCAUUAUGACAAUGUUAUAAACCCCGACGCAAGAACAGAAUCGGUCAUCGGACUAGGCUCUGGCGACGAUAAACUUAGCGAGGCCGGUGAAAAUUCUUUCCCCCGUGAAGACUCAGCACCUGCUAGUCGAAUCGAGAAGGUCUGGGCUGGCGCAAAGUCAAGCGCAAAGGCACCACAUGGAUCAGAUGGGGCACAUGAUGAGCAUUCCGAUGAUUUAGCGCCUCUGGGUACGGAAGUUCAGGUCGGCAAUGAAGUAGCAGAAACCACUCCAGUAGAAUCUGCCUGGCCACAACUUUUGACCCCGGAUCCUACCCAAGAAUUUGGCGGUUCACAAGCUAUUGUGAACAAGGAGAAGGAGGAAAUGGUGCAUGUUUCUCCCACAUUUGACACUCGGGAAUCCCCCUUGGGGCUGAAUGUCUCUGCUUCAUUGGCACCGGACACUGGCCCGGAUACUACGGAUCGCCCAGCUGAGAACACUCUGGAUGCAUCACUUCUAGACCAGGAAUUCCCACCUGAAGUUGUAUCUGAUGAAAAACUCGCAGGCGGUCCACUCAUUGUCUUACCAACCACCGAGACUGUUCAGCCUGAAGAACGGCCGGUCGCUACCCAGGAGGACAUACUGGAAGCCCCGGCCGUUGUCAUCAGUCAACUUCCAGCUCCCGAUCGUCAUGCCCAUGGGCUACGCAGCAAGCUGUCUUACUUCGCCCCUCUUGCAACUCUUAUUGACCAUUUCAGUGCUUUGGUGGACACCAUCUCAAUUGUUCAUGAAGUAUCCCCAAUUGCCAAGGCAACCUCUGGUCCAAAAGACUAUUUCCUGACCGUCCAACUUACCGAUCCGUCUAUGGCUGGAACCGUCCUCCAAGCCCAGAUAUUCCGGCGUUACAAGUCUGCAAUGCCGACAAUGGCUGAAGGGAACGCCGUUCUGCUCCGAAACCUCAAAGUCCGCAGUUUCGAUCACUCGAUAAUGCUGGUCAGUGUUGAAUCCAGCUCAUGGGCUGUAUUCGAUGGUUCCGGACCGGAAGCACAAGUAAAUGGCCCUCCCGUUGAAUAUGGUUCGGAGGAGCGAGCUUAUGCAUCUGGCUUGCGGAAGUGGUACAGCGAGUUUGGCGCCAGCAUGGUUGCCGACCACCAGCUCCAAGCGUCAAUCUUCGAAGACAGCGUGGAUAGAGAAGGUAGUGCUUUGAUUAGCGAGUCCGGAAGUAUAGAAUCAGUGACUCGCGGAGACCCUACCUCUUCUACUCGAGGCUCAAAGCGCUCGCGUAAGAGCCACCGGCGGGUUACUAUUCACGAACUCCGAGAUGGUCGACGCUACACCGAGGUUGGGUCUCCCAGCAGCAAAGAAAGCAUUCACGAAUUGCGUGAUGGCACACUUUAUGCGAAUUUGUAA